AUGGCGAGCCAGCAACCGCAAGACGAUAUCGAAGCUUCUGCUGCGUCCGCCGCUCUGCCCGUCCGUACCAUGGACCCCGCUGCCGAAGGGGAGACCCCUGCUGCUACGGGCGAGCUCUCUAAGAAUGCAGCCAAAAAGGCCGCAAAACAGAAGAAGCAGGCCGCCGAAAAGGCGGGCAAGGCCGCCAAUAAGGGGAUUGGAAAAUCCGAGGCGAAAACACCGGUCGUAAAGGCGCCGAAGAAGAAAAUCGAAGGCGCUGCGCAAAUCGGUAUAGAUGUAGCGAAGGAGGAUGAUUUUGCGGCCUGGUACCAGCAGAUACUACUGAAAGGCGAUAUGCUGGAUUAUUAUGAUGUGUCUGGCUGUUUUGUUUUGAAGCCCCAUUCGUUCUUCAUCUGGGAAGAAAUACAAAACUGGUUCAACGACAAGAUCAAGAAAAUGGGAGUAAAAAACUGCUCGUUUCCAUUGUUUGUCUCUGAAGAUGUUUUAAAGAAGGAGAAGGACCAUAUUGAAGGAUUUGCGGCCGAAGUCGCCUGGGUUACACAUGCUGGAAGCAGCCCAUUAGAAAAGAAAAUCGCCAUUCGCCCAACUUCAGAGACCGUUAUGUAUCCAUACUAUGCGAAAUGGAUCCGAAGCCACCGCGAUCUCCCGCUGAAGCUGAACCAAUGGAACUCCGUUGUGAGAUGGGAGUUCAAGAACCCACAGCCUUUUCUGCGCACGCGUGAAUUCCUAUGGCAGGAAGGCCACACGGCUCACUUCACUGAAUCCGCGGCGCGAGAGGAGGUGCUCCAAAUCCUGCAGCAUUAUGCGCAUGUCUAUGAGCAGCUCCUUGCCAUUCCUGUCAUCCAAGGCCAGAAGACGGAUAAAGAGAAGUUCGCGGGUGGCCUGUACACUACCACUGUCGAAGGCUACAUCCCUGCGACCGGCCGAGGGAUCCAGGGGGGUACUUCUCACGGCCUAGGGCAGAACUUUAGCAAAAUGUUUGGCAUCACAGUGGAGGACCCCACAUCCACACAGGAUGAGAAGAAGCCACCGCUUCAUGUAUGGCAGAAUUCAUGGGGCUUAUCCACGCGGACCAUUGGUAUUAUGGUGAUGGUGCACAGUGACAACAACGGCUUAGUGCUUCCUCCGCGGGUUGCCGACGUUCAGACCGUCAUCGUGCCGGUUGGAUUAACGGCGAAGACGCCUGAUGACGUGCGCACGUCGAUCAACGCUGAAAUCGACCAUCUGGCCUCUGUUCUUGCCGCGGCGGGCGUGCGCGUCGAGGUGGACAAACGCGAGGGCUACUCCCCCGGCUGGAAGUUCAACGACUGGGAGCUCAAGGGCAUUCCGCUCCGGCUCGAAUUCGGGCCGGGCGAGUCGGCGGGGGGCUUCGUGACGACGUCGCGGCGCGACGUGCGCGGGAAAGACGGCAAGUCCACGAUCCGCGUGGCGGAGCUGGCGACGGCGGUGCCCAAGCUGCUGGAGACCAUCCAGGCGGACCUGUACGCGCGGGCGGACGCGGAGUUCCGGUCGCACGUCAAGCUGAUCACGCGGUGGGAGGAGUUCUGUCCGGCGCUGAACGACAAGAACUUGUGCAUGAUCCCGCACUGUCUGACGGAGCAGUGCGAGGACGAGGUCAAGGAGCUGAGCGCGCGCAAGGCCGAGGAGGAGACGGGUGAGACGGUGGAUGCGAAAAUGCCCAGCAUGGGCGCGAAGAGCCUGUGCAUUCCGUUUGACCAGCCGGCGGGGAUUGAGAAAGGCGUCACCAAGUGCACGAAUCCGAAGUGCGCGAGGCUGGCGGAGCAGUGGUGCUUGUUCGGACGUUCUUAUUAA